UUGAAGAGUUUAUUUAUACUGAAUUUGAAAAAACCCUAAGUUCUAACAACAAUGGCUCAAAAAUACUAUUUUUAUGCAGUACAGUAAUAAUUAAUAAUAUAAUAACAUAUUAUUAAAAUCGAAGGCGUAAGACUUAAAUAAGCAAUAUAAACAAUAUCUAAAAAGUACAAAUCUAACCAUAGAAAACAAGUAUAAAGUAAAGUUAAAUGUGGAAUAUUUUCUAUAUUAGGGCCUUCGUGGAUAUAUUUCAAAAACAAGCCAAAAGCCAGUGAUACAUUAGAGAAGUCAAACACCAAGUGAUAUGUGUUGAAUUUGAACAUGGAAACUAUAAAAGCCAAUUCUGCAUUUCUGUGUAAUUAUGAAGUUAUGCAAAUUCUCCAAAAAUUAAAAGAUAACACACAUAAAAAGCAUAAGAGAGAAGCUUCACUUGCCACUGUUACAUAUGAGACUGUACAUUACUUACAAGACACAGAAUGCAAAAAUCAGAGUGCCCAAAAAAUUCAGAAGUUCCUAGAAGCUAUGAAGAAAUACAAGCUCACUAAAGUUGAAAAAUUAAUGAUGGUAAACACUCCGCCCAGGACUGAAUUGGAAAUACAAUUGAUUGUACAAGAGAGUGAGGAGAGAUUAUCUGAAGAGGACGUACAAGACAUAAUUAGUAUAGUUAGCCAACAUCUACUUGCAAAUGAUAGUUCUAAUACAUAAUGCAAUCUGUGAAGUCGUUCUUGA